GGAAAAAAAACCCCGCUUUUGGUUGAGGUUUUCCUGUUACUAUCACUGUAGCGUUUAUUUAGCCAAUCUCCUAACUAUGACGCGAGGAAGGCAGGAAUCAUGGCUCGCUCAUAAUAUUUAACACACCCACUGAAAGCUGGAGCUGCAGAGCUACUAGUCCAACCAGUCUCCAGAAUUCAGUGUAGCUGAAAGAGGUUUUCACUCUGCACCUGCCAAAGAUCUCUCCCCCCUCUUUCCUUCUCUCCCCCCUCCUCUCUUCCUUUCUCUCUCUCUCUAAAAGGCAGAUCUGUAAGACCCAGCAGAGAUCAAAGACCUCUUCGCUAAAAAGAACCUCUACUGAUUUAUAUUAGUUUCUUUCCUCUAAUCCUUCCUUCUCUCCCCUCUUUUUUUUCUGUGCCAUAUUUAACCUUUAUGUUGCAGUUGUGCCAUCAGACAGUUUUGCAGCCAAAAAAAACCAACCCAAGCCAAAGCAAAAGCCCAGCUCGGAUACAGCAGCCACUCAGACUCGAUCUCAGUUGAACAUACUAAUCUCUCCCGAGCACUGGACGCGAUGGACGAAGAAACUGGAACUGCUCUAAGAAAAUGAUUUUCCAGCCAAUGUUCUUAAAGAGUCUGAGAGAAGAGAGGGAGCGAGAGCGAGUGGAGAGCGCUUCUGCUGCAUCACUCCUCAAAUCCAAGGGAAGGGAGUCAGCGUUUCCAGCACAGCCAAAUAUUAUGGAUGAUUUUUUUUCUUCUGUCGCCUUUCCGCACAGGUUUUCUUAAUAUUUUUCUUUCCCCCCUCCUCCUCCCCGUAUAUUUUUUUAAAUUUUAUUUAAUCAGCGCCAGUGUCUGAUGCCGGUUUCUCUCCAAGAGUCAGUUCUCGGUAUUUGUUGUGAUCCCUGUAAUAAAAAGAAGGAGAAAUCGUGAACAGAUGGCUUUCUAUAUUGCCAUGCCGCUGGCAUUGUUUUCCUGUUGAUUUUAAAGGCUCGGUCCGGAGCUCCUUUUUAUUAUUAUUUUUUUUUCCUUUUAUUCUUUUUUUUUCCCUCCCCCUCCCAAGUUCUUGAUGAUACUGAGAAAUGAGGACCUAUCGGGUUUAGCCUGUUUAUUUCUCGGCGCCUAUGGAGGUAACUUUAUUGACUUGAUCGCUCGCUUCCCGACCCGAGAGGAGCAACCCGGAGCCCCGGGGGGGGCCCGGCAGCCCCGCGCCCGCCCGGGCUCUCUCCGCCGCCGCCUCCCCUCCCUCCCCCUUCCCCCGGUAAUUCAUCAGCCGCCCCGGCCAUGAAAAUGCUCCUGGUCCGCAAGUUCCGGGUGCUGAUCCUGAUGGUGUUCCUCGUCGCCUGCACCAUGCACAUCAUGAUCGACCUGCUGCCGCGGCUGGAGCGCCGCGGGCCCGAGGGCCGCCCGGGCUGUUCCUGCCCGCCGCCCGCCGCCGCCGCGCCGCCCCGCGCCGCCCCGCGCUGGCCCAGCAAGCACACGCUGCGGAUCCUGCAGGACUUCAGCGCCGAGCCGGCCUCCAACCUCUCCUCGCAGUCGCGGGAGGCGGCGGCGGAGCGGGCGGCGGGCGGUGGAGGCGCUGGAGGCGUUUGGGUCUUGUUGUGUUUUUUUUCCCUUUUUUUUUUUUUUUUUUUUGGUGGUAGGCAAAAUGAAGAUCAUCAUGAAGAAUUUUUGCCAACAGGAGAAACCUCCAUAGACUCCUAUCCAAACUGGUUAAAAUUCCACAUUGGCAUUAAUCGGUACGAGUUGUAUUCCAGACAUAAUCCUGCAAUUGAGGCUUUACUACAAGACCUUGUCUCCCAAAAGAUAACCAGUGUUGCGAUGAAAUCAGGAGGCACCCAGCUGAAGCUGAUCAUGACAUUCCAGAACUAUGGACAAGCAUUGUUCAAACCAAUGAAGCAAACCAGAGAACAAGAAACCCCACCUGACUUUUUUUAUUUCUCAGACUAUGAGAGACAUAAUGCAGAAAUAGCAGCAUUUCAUCUGGACAGGAUCCUGGAUUUCCGUCGUGUGCCACCAGUUGCAGGUAGACUGGUUAACAUGACAAGGGAAAUACGAGAUGUUACUCGUGACAAGAAGCUGUGGAGAACAUUUUUCAUCUCACCAGCCAACAACAUCUGUUUCUAUGGGGAAUGUUCUUACUACUGCUCAACAGAGCACGCCCUGUGUGGAAAACCAGAUCAGAUUGAAGGGUCCCUGGCUGCUUUCCUACCAGAUUUGUCUUUAGCAAAAAGGAAAACCUGGAGAAACCCUUGGAGACGUUCCUACCACAAGCGCAAGAAAGCAGAAUGGGAAGUUGAUCCAGAUUAUUGUGAAGAGGUUAAACAAACACCCCCGUAUGACAGUGGGACCAGAAUUCUGGAUAUAAUGGAUAUGACAGUUUUUGAUUUCCUAAUGGGUAACAUGGAUCGACAUCACUAUGAAACCUUUGAGAAGUUUGGAAAUGAAACGUUUAUUAUCCACUUAGAUAAUGGAAGAGGGUUUGGAAAAUAUUCCCAUGAUGAACUUUCCAUAUUGGUGCCUUUAAACCAGUGCUGCAGAAUAAGGAAGUCUACCUAUCUGCGAUUACAGCUGUUAGCCAAGGAGGAAUACAAACUCAGUCUCUUGAUGAAAGAAUCUUUGCUAAAAGAUAAAAUAGCUCCGAUUCUCUACCAGCCUCACUUGGAGGCGAUGGACAGGCGGCUACGGAUUGUCCUCAAGGCUGUUAGUGACUGCAUAGAAAAGGAUGGUUAUGACAAUGUGGUUGAAAAUGACUUUAACACUGAUGUUAACACUGUUACAACCGAGAGGUAGUGAAAUCGCAAGACUACGUUUUUACCAGCCGAGUAAAGAAGAUUCAAAGAGGAAAAAGAAAAAGAAAAUAAAAAUUAAGUCUUGCAAAAGACUGUGUAUGCCACUUUGUGAAUUCAGUGAAUUCAGAAAUGAGAUAUAAUUGUUCCCAAAGUAGGUAAAGUGUAGACUCUGCAAAGGAUUAGUUCAUUAAGAAAAAAUAAGUCUAAUGUGAUGCUUUUCAUUAGUUCCUGAAGAGAGAUUAUGAAAAGAUUCAGAAAAUACUCAGAUCAUUGACAGACAACAGUCUGAUAGCAAAACACCUCCUGUCCUUUUUUGUAUAGAAAGGAGGCCUUUACUUAAUAUUUUGUAUUUAUAUAUGGUAUAUCUAUGAAACCCCAGACCUACCUACCAAAUUUAACUAAGAGGGAUGGCAUAGUUUUGUGACUCACACUUUAUUUGUGGUGACAGUCCACUUAGUAUUUUGUGUUAACCCUUUAAGUGCUCUAAUCCACUGUAUCUUAUUUAAAUUGAAUGCUUUUUUCCCCCCAGCUACUCAGCAUUUAAAGGGUUAAGGCAUUAAGAACCUUUAAAGGCAAAAAAUAAUAAUAAUUAUAAUAAUUAUAAUAAUAAAAAUAAUAAAUACAGUGGUUACCAGAAGGGAAUUUCACUAAUUGUGCAUUGACAGGAAUACUUGAAUGUUGGUUUUACAAAGUGAUGUAAAAUGACAAGUUGUACUAUUUGUCCAUAAGGAGGUGGCAGCUCUUAUCUUUCUAGACUAUCAUAGCUGAGCUGCUACUUUUCAAUUUUGCUUUUGAUAGUUUUGUGUAAAUAUAUACAUAUAUGGGUAAAAAGCUGCUUUCAGCAGCUCUAGGCUUACUUUUGCAGCAUUUUUGUGGAAUUGUUUGCAACGUGGUAAAAGUGCAAUAAAGAUAUGGCAAAAUGUGUA